AUGGAGAAAGAGGGAGAUCCAUCCGGCGGAUGGCGAUUCGCACAAUGCUUUGGUGAUAAGGGAGAGGUGGAGGAGAUAACAGAGGCCGACAUUAUAUCGACCGUUGAGUUCGACCACACAGGUGACUAUUUGGCUACUGGAGACAAAGGAGGGAGAGUCGUAUUAUUCGAGAGGAAUGAGUCGAAAAAGGGCUGCGAAUACAAGUUCCACACAGAGUUCCAAAGUCACGAGCCUGAGUUUGACUACCUAAAAUCACUAGAAAUCGAGGAAAAGAUCAACAAGAUCAAAUGGUGUCGGAGACAGAAUGCAGCACAUUUCCUAUUAAGCACAAAUGACAAAACGAUCAAACUUUGGAAGGUGUUUGAAAAGUCUCUGAAAGUGGUGUCAGAAAACAAUUUGAGCAGUGAUACGUUCCGGAAUGCAUCACAUGCUUACAACCCGGAAAAUGUUCAUCCUAGUCUACUACCGACCUUGUCUCCGAUCGCAGGAAGUGGACAAAAUUUGCGUCUACCUAGCCUAACACAUCACGAUACCAUUGUCGCAGCAGUUCCGCGCAAGAUCUAUGCUAAUGCACAUGCAUACCACAUCAACUCCAUCAGCGUCAACUCGGAUGGGGAAACAUACAUCAGUGCAGAUGACUUGCGGAUCAAUUUGUGGAACUUGAACAUAAGCGACCAAAGUUUCAACAUUGUCGAUAUUAAGCCAGUGAAUAUGGAAGAAUUGACAGAAGUCAUCACAGCGGCCGAAUUCCAUCCAAUCAACUGCAACAACUUUGUAUACUCAAGCUCGAAGGGAACGAUAAAGUUGGCAGAUAUGCGAGAUUCAGCACUUUGCGAUCAACAUGCCAAACAUUUCGAAGAAGAUGAAGAUCCAGCAAGCAAGUCCUUCUUUAGCGAAAUCAUUUCGUCGAUUUCUGACGUCAAGUUCAGCAGAGAUGGACGGUAUAUCCUUUCGCGUGAUUAUCUCACCUUGAAGAUUUGGGAUAUCAAUAUGGAAAGCAAGCCUGUGAAGACGAUACCGAUUCAUGAACAUCUACGUGGAAAAUUGUGCGAUUUGUACGAAAACGAUUGCAUCUUUGACAAAUUCGAAAGUUUGUGGGGACAUGACAACAAAAAGAUCCUUACGGGAAGUUAUAACAAUUAUUUCCACAUCUUUGAUAAAGACGAUGAAAGUGAUAUCGUUUUACAAGCUGACAAGAGCGCAUUCAAAGCAAAGAAAUUGGCAGGACACAAAAAAGGCAAAGGUCAACAUAACAAUAGCGCAGCCGCUGCACCAAUCAAUACGGACAAUAUUGACUUUAACAAAAAGAUUUUACAUGCAAGUUAUCAUCCACGCGAGAAUACUGUUGCCAUUGCGGCCACGAAUAAUCUUUUCAUCUUUUCGGCCAAUAAUGCAACGUAG